CCCCGCUCUCACUUCUCCCCCCACAGAGGAAAAGCUGACUGAGGUGCCUUCACAGACGGUGAGUGUGAACUUUUAAUCACUUUAAAGUUUCAGUGUUUACUUCAAGUUUGUGCAGAGGAGGAAUUAAGAGGGGGAAGUUUAGUUUUUACACAGACUAUCAAAAUAAAAGUUUGGAAACUCGAUAGUUUUACAUCUGUAUGCUCUGUUAUUUCAAUGACAUCCUCAUCCUCUGAAACUUGAGAUAAUUUACUGUAAUAAUGUUUAUUCUCCUAAUUUCUCUUUUAGGUUUUUCAGGGUAGUAUGUCUAAAGUGUGUGUAAUUUUUUAUUUGCAGUGAGGAUUAGACCAUAACAGACAAAAUGGUGAAGAUUGGAAUCAACGGGUGAGUUCAUGCAGAUUUUAUUAUUUUUAUUUUCUUAUUUUAGCCUUUUAAAAACACCCUAAUCUGGACAUAAGGAUAAAGUUUUCAUUGAAGUAUGUGCACUGCUUUGGAAACUUCUUGAAAGUUGUAGAUUUGUGUUGUAGAAGGAAUAGAUAUCUGAGGAGUCUGUGAAGUAGUCAUGAGACAUACUGUAUAUUGGUAUGAAUGUGAAUUAAUCAGCAGCAAAACGUGGAAAAUUUCAGUAAUAGAGUCCUCAUUUAUUGCACUUGUUCUGCAGCUCUUCAGUGUGCACUUCAGGUGUCUAUUUAGUAUUAGCAGUGUACAGCAGAUGCACCACCAGGGUGCAUUGGCCCUCUUUAUAUUCUGUAUGAGUUGCAUGCAGACAUUCUCAUUUCCUAAAUUGGUAAUGAUGCAGCACGAAUUACAGUGUUUUAAGUGCAAAGAUCUUCAAGAAACAAGACCCCAACAAUGUUUCUGUGACCUUGAAAUGAUUAUCUUAAAGUAGGUUUUAAUUAUAAAUUCACUCAAAGUUCAAAAUAGAGGAAAUUGAAGCGAAUAAAGUGAUCCAGUAAGAAUCUGAUACAACUUUUUGUCAAGUAGAUGAAGUCUUAGCGGCAUGAUAAGACAGAAUAUGAGUACUUUGCAAACACCCCAGCUUUGCUCCAGCCCUCAUUUGUGAGAUUUUUAAGUACUAAACUCAAUAUCUGAGUUUUUGAAUAACUUUUCAAAGAAAAAUAAAUCAUACAAAUUACCUAAUAAGUUUUCCUGACAGCGCCUUAAAGUGUCAUGGCUAACAAAAAAAAAAAAAACAGUACUUAAAAAUAAUGAUGCUACAUUCCAGUCAGUCUCAGGUGUCUGUGGAUCGUCUGCAGAGUGACAUAAAUCUGUGAAGAGUAGCUGCAAACUUUCAUGAUGGGAAUUCUUUAUUUUCUCUUUUUAUUCAAGUUUUCUCUGUGAAAGUUCUGUUAAAGUGACAGGAGAGGACUCUGGACAGGACCCGUCUAUUCUCUGGUUAUUUAUAGUCCGGUGGUGUUGUGGUGUCACGGUUGGCGUCCCCUCUUCUUCCACACCCUUCAGAGAGACCUCCCCCCUCCUCCCCUCCGUCUGUAUCUCUGCCCCUCUCAGCUGUCACAUUCCUUUUAUUCUCCCCUCGUCUAUUUUUAACUCUCUAACCUUUCAGCUGAAGUUCAGAGAUCAUCCGGACGGCUUUUAUUUUUUUAUGGACACCGCUCUCUCGACGUGGAGAUCACCGGCGAAACGUUUCCUCCUCCUCUGUGAAACAGCUGCUGUCAAGCUGCAGAGAGAUUUAGCGCCUUAAUCCUGGAUCUGUACCAACACCAACACUGGGCCUAGAAACAGAAGACGGGCUCGGGUCCAUUUUGGCCUUCUGGCUUCUUGGUGACUUCCCAAAACUAACUGAGGAGAACCGCGGGGUCCACUCACAUCAAUCCUCCUUUGAAGACGUGUAGACUUCAAGUAUUUUAUAAAUGAAGGUCACCGCUUCAACUGCAUCCAUCCUUCAUCCAUCAUUCAAUCAGUCAGUGAUUUAUUUACACAACAGAGUGUAAAUAAGUUAUUAGACCUGACUGUUUCUUUGAUACAGAGUCAAUCUAAGAUCUGCAGUUCACACCCAUCAUACCAUGUCAUGAAGCAGUACUUGUAGUUAAACGCCAACGCAGGAGUAACGUAACAUUAGCAAACCCCAACUCUGUCCUCGGGAGAGCGAAAAGACCAGAAAGCUUAAGGAGGAUGUCUUUGAACUUGUCGAUUUGGAGAGUGCAGGAUAUUGCUGUAGUUUGGAUCCAGAGUGUGUCUCGCCACCUUGACUUUACAUUUCAAACAUUGUUACCUUUACUUUUUGUGUCUGAAUAUUGAAUUAAGAAUGAGCUCUUACAGUACUCUGGGUAGGAGUUUAAUUUUAUGCAAAUACAAGUAUCAGAGUGUGACUUGAUAUUGGCAAAUAAUUGAUAUAGUUUUAAGGACCAUCCUGAAAGACAAGCUAAGCUGGGCGAAUAUUUGCAAAAGCUCAACAACCAGCCUCUCGUGACGUCCUGUGUCUGCUUAAGAAGAGUGAAACUUGAUUAAAACUGUUUUGUAAUUUGUCUCAGGAACUCUCAGUCAAAACAUCUCUAUUCCUUCCCUGUUUGUUUUUUAAAGCUCUUAGACAGAACACAGUAUUUUAUCGUUACAAAGAUGUUCCUGAUGAAAAUAACAAGCUGCUCAGUUUACACGACAACUCACUAAACAGCCCGUUAAAAUUGAACUUGCUGCAGCCGUGACCUUCCACCAUGAAUGACAACCAAAGCUGAUGAUGUAACUUCCUGCUGCACUCUGACCUUUCUUUAGAUAGACGCGGUCUUUAAUGUUGGCAUGCAGGGUGCGUGAUUGUCUCUGUAACAGCAGAGUAAAGUUUCAGACCGCCACAUGAGAAUUUACAGUAAUACUGUAACGUGACUCCUGAGAGAUGGAGAUGUGAGAUGUUACGAAACAACUCAGACGGUGUUUAACUCGUGAAUCAGAGGCAACUUUUCAUUCAUCUCUUUGCUACGCUCAAGGUUAUUUCAGACUAUAAUUACAGUUUAUACCUUUAAUUUUUGUGUUUUUGUUUAGUGUCAAGUUUGUGCAGAUAUGAAAACCUUUCACACAAAACGUGACACAGAAAACAAAGACUUGGCACUAUUUGUUAAUUAAGCCAUCAUAUAUCUUUUCCAUCAGAGGGCACUUCCUUCUCACAGCUAACGAUGCUCUCAACACUGUCUGCAAUUAGUCUGCGAUGUACAAAACAUGAACUAUUUAUCACUAAUAAUAUCUGCUGCAUUCAGAGUACACUUGCAUGGUCACGUUGCUACAAAACUUUCCUCAUCAGCUCGACAAAUGCAGUUAUCAGAGUUAUUUGCACCUGUGUUUGGUGUUGACAGAGGUUAGUUGGACUGAAAAGGAAAGGUCUUUUCUGCGUGACUGCAGCUGUCUGCUCUGUGCUCUGCUAAAGGUUAAACACUUUGUUCAAAUCAGAUAAUAAUUGCAGGAGCAUGAAUUGUAUGAAUUGCAGCUGAAGUUUACUUUUCAUGUUGCAACUAUAACUACGUCAACCUUUCAGAUAAUCAACCCACCGAGGAGGUGGUUUGGAUUUGAGCUUCUUGAUUGUUUCUUAUCAGAGAGCUGCUCUUGCCUCGGUCGUCAUGCUGGGUGAAACUGUUAGAUAUGUCGAAUCAGCUCAGCUCCUGUCUGGACAUUUCUUCCCUCUGUUAGGUCUCCUCUCCUCUUUCAACUCCUUUGACCUGCUGUAACAGCAGCCAUAUUAGGCAUAAACAGGCUUUGUGCUGCCGGUGCCAACUAUUGUUAUCUUGAGUCAAGGUUGGCAGGCCUUGUAUGGCGCUGCUGUCUCCGCCGCUGCAGCCUCCAGUUGAAGGUUGGAGUUUUAGUGCCAUCUGCUGGUCCAAGAAGAGAAGUGUAGUCUGGUUUUUGCACAAAAUACAAAAGGUUUCUACAGGGGAUGAAUGAAGAGCAUGGAGCCGGAGAGACUUUCUGACACCUAAAAUUACAUAUUUGACAUUUUAUUGCGCUUUAAAGCAAAAAGAGUUGAAACUCAAGUUAUUUAAAAGGAUUGCUUUUUACCAAAAAUAACCCAAAGAGAAACCCAAUGAAAUCAAACAUGAUGUUACAUAUGUGGUGUUUUUUUGUUUUAACAUUGACUUCAUCCUCCUGGGUUUCAGAUUCGGACGUAUCGGCCGUCUGGUGACCCGUGCCGCCGCCACAGGAGGCAAAGUGGAAGUCGUGGCCAUCAACGACCCCUUCAUCGAUCUGGACUACAUGGUAAGAAAACUCAAGUCAACUGUGGGUGAAGGUUGAAUCCCUUCAGUGAAGUUUUUGAAGCAUUGAUGAAUAAAGAAGUUUUGAUACCUACCAGCUGGACUUUGAUGCUACAUCCUGCAGUUAUACUCUUAUCAGUUUUCAUGUCAUUAAAAUGCAUAUUUUUCUUGAAGGUGCAAGACCAAAAUCACCAAAUCUUGCUCUUUUCAGGUCUACAUGUUCAAGUAUGACUCAACUCACGGUGUGUGGAGGCAUGGAGAGGUGAAGGCCGAGGGCGGCAAGCUGAUUGUUGGAAACAUGCACAUCACAGUCUACCACGAGUACGUGUCUUAAACUUUCAGAUUCAGAUGGAUACUUAGUCUUUUUGCUUGAAGAGGCUCUACAUCAAGUUGUAGAGAUAGGGAUGUCACAUUUAUAUCAAACAUUUAAAGGAUACUCCAAAAUAUGUCAUCAUUCUUAGUAAAAAUACAGACGUAGGACAAAUGAGCAUUUACUGUUCUUUAAUAUUUCACUAAACUAAACCACAGUAGUCAUAGAUGUCAAGCUCUAAGUGAUUUAAAAGGAUCUACGUGGUGGUCUGCGGGGUGUAAAUUGUGUUUAAUCUCUCCUCUUUGUGAUGCUUCUUCAGGAGAGACCCCGCCAACAUCAAAUGGAGCGAUGCUGGCGCUGACUACGUGGUGGAAUCCACCGGUGUGUUCACCACCAUCGAGAAAGCCUCUGUAAGUUUACCAGCUGAUCCCAGGAUGGUUAAAGCGUGGAUAGUGUGAAAGAAUUUUAGUGUUAAUUUAAAAAGGAUUCCAAGUCUUUGUUUUUAAAGUAUUUUGUGUGUAUAUGUAUGUGUACUUAGACGUGUUCUUGGUUCCUGUAGGCUCACCUGAAGGGCGGAGCUAAGAGAGUGGUGAUCUCCGCUCCCAGCGCUGAUGCUCCCAUGUUCGUCAUGGGCGUCAACCACGAGAAGUAUGACAACUCCAUGAAGGUUGUCAGGUAGGUCUCUGGAUAAUAAAACUAUAAAGUCUGAAAAGUUUAAAUAUUUCACUUUUUUAGACUUCAUGAAUGUCAAACAUCUGUAGUUCUGACCUGGAGGAUUUUUCUGCUCGGUGAAAAAACCUCAAAUGUCAAACCCAUCUCUGACUAAACUGACCAUUUAUUCACUUCUCAUACAAGACCCAACAUAAUCCUCUUUAUCUCCGGUAAAAUGCGUUUUCCUCUUGUCUCCAUAGCAACGCUUCCUGCACAACCAACUGCCUGGCUCCCCUCGCCAAGGUCAUCAACGACAACUUUGGCAUUAUUGAGGGUCUCAUGGUGAGAAAAGAUGUUUCAAAGAUUAGAAAAUUUACACGACAUGAAAGUUUGAACUAAAUUGUCUUUUCCUCAUCAGACAAACUUUGGACCUUUCCUCAAACGCCACGUCACCUUCUGCUCUCUCUUUUCCAGAGCACAGUCCACGCCGUCACCGCCACACAGAAGACCGUUGAUGGUCCCUCUGGUAAGCUGUGGAGAGAUGGACGUGGAGCCUCUCAGAACAUCAUCCCCGCCUCCACUGGAGCCGCCAAGGCUGUGGGCAAAGUUGUUCCUGAGCUGAACGGGUACGAUCGAUUUUUCUUUUGUUUUUUUGACAUUUGAAAUCUAAGGAAACUCUUUGCUUUUCGACCAACUCUUCGCCAUCUUAUUUUUACAGAAAACUCACCGGUAUGGCUUUCCGUGUCCCCACCCCCAACGUCUCUGUUGUUGAUCUGACCGUCCGUCUGGAGAAACCCGUAAGAUUCCUUUUACCUUUUUAAAACAAGCUUCAUCGAUAAACAAGUUUACACUCAGCUUUCUGUGUCUCAUGUCUCAUUUCCUGUUCAUCAGGCCAAGUAUGACGACAUCAAGAAGGUCGUCAAGGCUGCUUCUGAGGGACCCAUGAAGGGAGUUCUGGGAUACACAGAGGACCAGGUAAAAAAAAAAACUCAACAUGUGCCGUCUUCUUUACAUGAAAUAGACAUGAAACCAGAUUUACUGUAGGUUAUAUUCUGAAUGAGUUAAACGUGAUUCACAAACUUAUAGCUGAAGUCUUUGACCGCACACGUGCAGAGAUGAACAGUUUUGCUUCUUUCCACUCAGGUUGUGUCCACAGACUUCAACAGCGACCCUCGCUCCUCCAUCUUUGAUGCCGGCGCUGGAAUCGCUCUCAACGAAAACUUUGUCAAGCUGGUUUCAUGGUAAGAAAAAAGAGCGUACUGUGGCGGGAUCACUUCUUCCUCUGGACCAGUAGAACUUGAUCUGAUUUUCCACCUCUUUUAAGCUCAAGAAGCUGGAAAACCAGAUCAAGUUAAAGAGGUUGUUAAAUAAAAAAUCAUUUAAAGCUCAUGUGAGGAGGAAAGACGACCUGCUUUUGAUGGGACAGGUGUCUUCAGGUGAACCACAGUUCCUCCCUCGCUCUGUUCUCAGCCUCCUCUCUCAUGUCCCUCUGCAGGUACGACAAUGAGUUCGGCUACAGCCACCGUGUGUGUGACCUGGUCCUGCACAUGUUCACCAAGGAGUAAAGUCUUCAAACGACUCAUCCUUUCUUCCCAUGAUUCCCUCCUCCCUCACCUGUAACUGGAUGCCGUGCCAUCCGUCCUCGGGAGCAAGCUCUUCUUCGACAAUCGUCUGGCUGAUGAUAAAACAUUUUUUAUGACAAAGUCACCUCUGUUCUGUCCGGCAGUGAGGACUGCAGCAGACAGUGUGUGUAGAGGUGAUUGGUAUUGUUCUGAAUGAUCUUGUUGCACUGAACAUGCACAGUGUCUCCUUUGCACUUAACAUGAUAAUAAAGCCCUCCGAUUGUGGAAAGACCUCAGGCUGCUGUUGUAAAUAUUUACAUCCAUGACACAUGGUCCACCCCCAUAUUUGUCUGGGUCAGUUUAUGUAUCUGACACUUUGAAACCAACUUGCCUGUUUAUUUUGUUUUAUUUCAAGUAUUAUGUUCUAAAAUACACAGUUACAUGUGAUUGUCCAAUGGGUUUAGGAUAGCAGAGCUCGAUUCACUUUCUGCUGCUGAUGCUGCAA